UGGUAGAGCACACAAAGGUUCUCAAACUACUGUCUAAACUGAAGCCAGGUAAAUCACCUGGGCCGGAUGGACUCCACCCUAAGUUGUUACUUUCCUUGGCGGAUAUAAUAUAUAUUCCGCUUACGGAGAUUUUCCAAAUGUCUCUGACGCAGGCUAAGCUACCCAGGGACUGGAAGGAUGCCAUUAUAAGCCCUAUCUUCAAGGACGGGGAUAGGCAAUUGGUAUCUAACUACAGGCCGGAUACAUUUACGGGGUCACCGCAAAAAGGUGCUCAAACCAAGGACGAUUAAAAUACGUGCAGAAUUUAGAUUCUCUCACAGAGUGGUCAACGAUUGGAACUCCUUACCUGAUUCAGUAGUAUCAGCUCCAUCGGUGAACGCUUUCAAAGAGAAGUUAGAUCUCUGCAGAGAUAUACUUUGCAAGGAUUAACACAGGCCACAAGAGCCUUCUAUCCUUAUCAUCUGAAUCUGAAUCUGAAUCCUGAUUACGAGCUAGUAUAAACCAGUGAUUUCUUUGAGCUCGCUUCUUGAUUGUGAGGUAUGUCAGUGGAUUUAUUUGCUGAAUUCAGUGAAUUCAUUCUAUGCCGAAGUCUAAGAACUUGGCAUUAUUAAUGGUUCAUCCAAAAUUUCGAAGACGUGAUAACUUUAUGGAACUUCAAGUAUCGCUUGACUAUUAUUUUCAGGGAACUGCUGAUCAGCAGUCAGCUGACCUAGGUUAAUCGGGAUGGAAACAACUUGGAUACUGCAGUAUAUUAGUACCUAUAUACACCCAGACCAUAUAUAUAGACAUUCAAAUCCGAAUGUAGGCACCCAAGAUCACAGUAUGUACUAUAAUACAUGCAGUCUUCCUGUUAUCAGUUGGAAUACAUUAAGGUUUCAUUCACUUUCAGGAUUAAUCUUGAGAUCAGUUGGAUUAAAGUAGUUGACGCCAUCAGUAUUGAGAGAUGACAGCAAUGAGAGUAAAAUUAGGUGACAGAUUUUACUGAUAUAGUUUUAUAACUAGUGGCCGUCUAAGUUAAUAAUAGAUCCGUUGUGACAAUAAUACCCGGUAUUGUUGUUACUAUUGUAAUCAUCAUGAAGAUAAACGCUGUUAUUAUUGCUGUUAACACUGUUAUUAUUUGCCAUAAAUCCAUGGUCAUUUGUGUUAGCAUUCCUGUUCAAGCUUUGAAAACUACUGCAUUACUUAUUAAAUAAUUUAAUCAUUUCAUAAUGCUUCCAUAGACCUGCUAGAUGUCGAACAACAAUAAAUUAUGAGGUCCCUUAAGCGAAAACUAUUUAGCUACCCGUAUAUAUUGCUUGUAAAGUGAUUACUUGUAAAUGCUUAGCAAGAAAUUAUCUGGAAAAUUUUUUCAUUCAGAUCACACAUUUAUACUCAAGGGUAAUGAUGCUUUUCUUGAACUCUUGAAGAAACAUGUAUGUACUGUGUGCGCGGAUGGAACAGUAACAAAGGACUGCUCAUCUAAAUUAUCUGCACAACUGAAAUCUAUUUUUUUGUGUAAUAAACACUUUCAGUGAAUUUGUUUUCCUUCUGUUGUUAUGCGAUUGUGUUCUGCUGAGACGAUAGAUAACUGUAAACGUUUUAUAAUCGAAAUACCGUCUUCGGGGUGUGGAUUUAUUUACUUUCUUUGGUAACCUGAUGAUCGUUUGAUCAAUAAACUCCGAACAUCUAUUUUUACUUAGUAAUUCAAUAUUUUUUUUAUCCUAGGAGCCUUAGUGUUUUACGUCUGGGCUACUCAGUUUGUUCAGAGAACUUUAAGUUACUAGAGUAUCUGAUACCAAGAUCCACGACUGAGUUGAGCUUGGCUAGUUUUCGCCCAUUUAUUUCAAGAGUUAGGUCAAUGUUACUGUUGCCAACACAAAUCCAGCCGCAUUUUUCAAUGUUAAACUUUAGGCAGGAUUCAGCACACCAUGUUGCGAGACCACUUAGUUCAAGAUGUAUUUUAGUAACCAUAUCGCUUAAUUCAUGAGUGUAGCAGGAGUCGACGACUUCGGGGUCAUCAGCAUAUAGGAAUGGUGUGAAGGAACUUAUCCCCAAGUUCCUAUUGUUAUGAAGACGCUUCACAUCGACUUUUGGCGAGCUUACUAGCAUGGAAAUGUGUAGCACAACGAAUACUUAACAUAUUUUUUAAAAAUAUUUUUCUCCAGUCUAUUUGGUGGGUAGGCAUCAAUUGACCAAAUGACCGGCUGUCUACAGCCUGCCUUGAUCCUCACCCGAGCCUUUGACACAGCUUUGCUGUUUCUCGUAUUGUCUGUAUUGUAUUUCUCGUAUUGACGCACACUAACUGUGCUUUUGAUGGCAUUCAGCCACAGACACCUCCCAGUAUGAGGUUUGUAAAUUAUGCCAUUUUAUGUUUGAUAUAGUACCUUAUUCUAGGCGAAUCCUGUGGCUUUAGAUUUUACGCAUCACUCUGAGUGUGGUUUAAGUAAUGGUUUGGAUUGUCACGGAUUUCUUAGAAAUUCACAGUCAGGUAGAUUCAUAUGCUUUUCUGGUUUCUAAAGAAGGUUCAUGCUGAAUUUCACCUAGAAUUGUGUACUUCGUUAGUAGCUAAAUUUAUUCUAUGACUUACCCUAAUAACGUAUUUCCGUAUGUCUGUAUUUUUCGUGGCUGUACAUAUAAUUCAUGGGUAAUCUGGUUUAAUUUACAGAUAUAAUGUCCACCAAUACUUUUCAGUCCUUUUCCAGUUCGAACAAAUUUACUGUCGCCCUUUGUGUUUUAAAUCAGUGGGCGCUUGACUUUACUGGGAAUACUCAACGUAUUAUCAAAAGUAUUCAAAUUGCCAAACGUUUGCAAGCUAAAUAUCGAGUUGGUCCAGAACUAGAGAUUUCAAGUUAUGGAUGUGAAGAUCACUUCCACGAACCGGAUACAUAUACCCACUCAUGGCAGUCUAUUGCAAAGAUUUUAGAAGAAAUGAAAGCAAACCCUGAAAUGCAAGAUAUUGUUUGCGAUAUUGGGAUGCCGGUUUUACAUGAAGGUGUAGCUUAUAACUGCAGAAUUCUCCUACUGAAUGCAAAGAUUUUGCUGAUAAGACCAAAACAAGUACUUGCUGAUGAAGGCUUACAUAGAGAGACUCGCUGGUUUACUUCAUGGCCUCAUUAUCAAUCCAUUGUUCACUUUGAGUUACCCGAUUUUGUAUGUAGAGUAACUCAGGAUUUACAGUCGUCUACAUUUUUUGGUGAUGCAAUCUUACGGUUUGCUGGAGACGGCUGUUCAGAGAAUGUCCAGGUUGGCUUAGAAACUUGUGAAGAACUGUGGAUAGGAACUCCACCUCAUAUUCGCAUGUUUGCAGCUGGUGUAGAUGCAGUCUUUAAUGCCAGUGCUAGUCAUCAUGAACUUCGAAAACUAAAUCGAAGAGUAGAACUCGUUAAGUGUGCAAGCAGAACAAAUGGCGGAGGACUUUAUGCUUAUACAAAUCUUAGAGGAUGUGACUCAGGAAGGGUAUGUUAUGAUGGCUGCGCGUUAGCUGCUGUUAACGGUCAGCUUAUUUAUAUGAGCGAACAAUUUGGAUUUGAGGAUGUGUCAGUUCAUCCAAUUACUGUCUCCCUUAACUCGAUACGAUCAAAACGAAUUGCUAGCCGUUGUUUUGGACGUGCAGCUGUAGAAAAAUCGGUUGCAAAGCUUGAAGCUACCGGUAUCGCUCACAAGGAUUACCCAGUGAUUAAGGUUGCUUUCAAUCUUUGUCAUAGUGAUUAUUGGUUUGAUCACUCCCGUGAAAUAAAGAUUGAUACUCACAUACUAUCACCUGCUGAAGAGAUUGCCUAUGGUCCUGCAUUAUGGUUGUGGGAUAAUUUACGUCGGAGCAAGUCAUCAGGGUUUUUUCUUUGCUUAAGCGGUGGCUUAGAUAGUGCUUCAGUUGCAUGCAUUGUCUUCAGUCUUUGUUAUCAAAUUUUCGAAGCUAUAAUCAGUCAACGUAACUUCACUGUCCUAGAACAGUGUCGUUCCUUACUGAAUGAAUCAAAUGAAUAUAUUCCUCACAGUGCACAUGAAUUAUGCUCUCGUCUUUUAACAACAUGUUAUAUGUCAACUGAGAAUAGUUCCGCGUACACAAGAUCACGCGCUAGUCGUUUAGCUCAAGCUAUAGGUUCAAAGCAUUUAGAAUCGGAUAUAUCACCACUGAUAAAUGACUUCAUUCAAAUGGCUUCAAAAACCUUAAAACUUUCCCAACCACCUCGAUAUACUGUCCAUGGUGGUUCAAGCAAGGAAAGUUUAGCUCUUCAGAAUAUUCAAGCUCGAAGUCGUAUGGUUUCAGCUUAUCUCUUAGCUCAAUUGAUACCGUGCCAAUCUAACUUACCAUCGAGUCUUUUAAUUUUAAGCAGUGCAAACUUAGACGAAGGGUUGAGAGGUUAUUUAACAAAAUAUGAUUGCUCUAGUGCAGAUUUAAAUCCUAUAGGAAGUAUUAGCAAGUCAGAUUUACGAUUAUUUAUUGAAUACUGUGCUCAAACAUUAUCCAUCUGUAUGGACCCUAAAAAUGGAAGACAUUUUUCGCAAAUAUUAUCAGAGAUUCUUUCAGCUCAGCCAACUGCUGAAUUAAUGCCACUUGCAUCAAAUGGUGAAAUAAGCCAAACAGAUGAAAAUGAAAUGGGAUUAACCUAUGAUGAAUUAUCAUUAUUUGGUAGACUUAGAAAAAUAUUCAACUGUGGACCCUAUAGCAUGCUAGAAUCACUUCUAGUCAAUAGUGAUUGGUUGAAGAUUAAACAUGUAAUACCUGAGAGGUGUUUCGACGAAGAUAGAAAGCCUAAUGCUGAACUUGGUGCAUAUCUUAGCGAGAAAGUGAAAUUAUUCUUUCGUACAUAUGCUAUGAAUCGUCAUAAGGCUACUGUUCUACCGCCAGCCUACCACACUGAAGCUUAUGAUGCUGAUGAUAAUCGAUUUGAUUUUCGACCAUAUCUGUAUCCGUGUGACUGGAAUCAUCAAUUUUAUUGUUUAGAUAAACUAGUAGCUAAAUGGAAACAGCUAUUUGAGUGAUUAGUAUUCAGUCCUUUCAAUGUUAAAAAUUGAUAUUUUAAUAGUUCCUCUGUUUUCGUUAAUCAACUUAAUACUGAUUAUUAUAAUAUGGAUAUUUUUAUAUUAACCUUGUGUAUAGCGCCUUUGCACAUUGACGAAUAAAGAGGUAGUAAAAUAUAUCUGUCAAUUACUUCUUAUUCAUAAAAUUAGACAAAAUAAUUUAAUCUACAAAAUACUUUGCAAUGACUGAAGUCUACACCCUAGGUCAGUCGGGUGGGUUGGAGGUAGUCAGAUUAUGGCUUAAUGACACCUUCAGCAUUGGGUUUAUUCAUGAUAGACUCUCUUUUAAUGUUCGAAUGGCGAUUUUUUAUAAAUUAGAAAGAUUCUAUUUAUGAAAAAUAAAGGGUGAUACAUUUGAAAA